UAUAAAUUCAAAAUCACAAUGUCCAAUCACAACUUUUUCUUCAUCUCUCUAUAGGCUCCUUCUAUUUAUUUCACUCUCUAUCAAACUUGUCAAUUUAUUUUAUUAACUUCUAUAUAAUACACAAAGUUCUGACACAUAAAUCUUAAAAAAAAACAUUUGAUUGAGGUUAUUUCAAGAAAGUGCACAUGGGAAGACACUCUUGUUGCUACAAGCAGAAGCUUCGUAAAGGUCUUUGGUCUCCGGAAGAAGAUGAAAAACUUUUGAGUUACAUCACCAAACAUGGUCAUGGAUGUUGGAGUUCAGUUCCAAAACUAGCUGGUUUGCAGAGAUGUGGUAAGAGUUGUAGAUUGAGAUGGAUAAAUUACCUUAGACCUGAUUUGAAGAGAGGAGCAUUCUCACCGGAAGAAGAAAAUUCUAUAAUUGAACUUCAUGCACUUCUCGGCAACAGGUGGUCACAGAUUGCAGCUCAGUUACCGGGAAGAACUGAUAAUGAGAUAAAGAAUCUAUGGAAUUCAAGUUUGAAGAAAAAGCUGAGACAAAAAGGGAUUGAUCCAAACACGCACCAACCAAUUUCUGAAUUAGCUGAAAACAAUGACAAGGAGAAGCAUGCUGAGAUUGAGAAAAACAAUAAUCAGAUUCCGAUUCAGAAAAGUUCGGUUGGAUCCAAUGAAGUGAAUCUUUUCGAAACACCAAAGGAUAAUAACUGUAAUUAUCCACUUGAAAUUAAUUCAAAAAUCAACAACAAUUCUUCAUGUUUCAUAUCUUCCGAAAACAUGGUUGGAUUAGGAUCAUCAUCUUCAUCCUAUCUCUCUUUUCAACAAGUUAACUAUGGAAUCAAUAACAUAGCUUUAUCAUCAAAUUCCAACAACAACAACAACAACAAUUCACUUUGUUUCAUACCAAGUACUAGUGGCGGUUCAACUUCCAUGUCAGAACUCAAUUCUUCAACCAUGUUUCAUUCUAUUCAGAACUGGGAAUUCAACAACAACAACAACGGAAGCAAAAGCAGCAACGAAAGCAGCAGCAACAACAACAACAUUAACUUCAAUGAUCAAAUUCAAGAUCAUAAUCAAGUAAUUGAAGACAUUAAAUGGUCGGAAUAUCUAAACACUACUCCAUUAUUUCUCGGAAACAACAACAACGACGACAACACAAUUCAACAGCAUCAUAGUACAACAAUCUACAGCGAUGAUGAGAUUAAACAAGAAAUGGGAUUCAUUCAUAAUUCAGAUAUAUAUAGCAGCAGCAACAACAACAAAGAUUUUCAGAGAUUUUCACUCGCUUUUGGACAGACACUUUAGUUUCACACGUAAGUGGAAUCAAAUUUCAAACAAAAAGAAAGAGAAAGAUCGAUGCCGACAUUUCCAACGUGAAUUUUGGUCAGAAACAUGUCGUUACUUCUGACCGCAGGUGUGUGUGCUGUAAAUUUUUCUUCUUUUAAUUAUUUAUUUAAAGUUUCUUUUUCUAGUGAUAUUGAUAUUGUAAAUGUGUCUGAUACAAGAAAAAAAAAUCUCAUAAAUCAGCAUUAUGUUACAGUAUAGUAAUGUUUAUGAUUGGUUAAAUUAACGCUUCUUUCAAUUUAUCAUUUUGUUUAUUAAACAUAUAGGGCUUUUU